AUGUCUCUUGAAAGUCCCGCAGUCGCACGUAGCAGGCGCGACAACACAAACACACACAAAAGGAGGGAGAGAAAGCGCAACGUUUCAAUGGGUGUUGGCUCACACAAACGGUCGCAGGGCGAGGCGGCCUUCACGCAGACGUCUCAUGCCCCGCCGCUGCCUGCGCUUCUUCGCCCGCAGUUUCAGGUAUUCGGCGAGGAAAAUCUGAACGCCAUCGACCGACGGCUGAGGCGAGGCGAGGCGGAGCGCAUGGAGGAGAAAAAAAUACAGGAGCGAUGCGCGAGGGUUCGCGAGCGGCGGAAUGCGGAGUCGCAGCGAAACAUCGAAAUGAUCCAAAAGCGAACUGCACGACACGCUUCAGCAGCGGGACUCGUUGAGGAGCGUCGUCUGCGGGCCGAGUUUCGCCAGCUGUGCCGUUGGUAG